AGAAGACUGGGUCAACUUUGGCAUAUGAACCACAGAUAAAAGAAGAGGAAAUGCUUUGAGAGUCAACACUCAAGUCUUGCCAAUGGUUGUGUAUAAUUGCUCCUUGGAACAACUAAUAUCUCCUUACACAAACGCCCAUGGCAACCAUUACUUUACUUUUCUUUCUCUUCUUACAACUCAUAACCGCCACUAUUUCUACCACGCCGCCACCGUAUAACGCCACUGUCUAUGUCUUGCUUAACUGUGGCGCACAAUCAGCCACCACCGAUGAUACUGACCGUCGAUGGGAUACUGAUACUCACUUUCCAAAUUUCUUACCUUCCAACUUUUCAAGCAUAUCCACAACAGCCACAGCUUCUGAACAAGAUCCUUCGGUCAAUAGAGUUCCUUAUACGACUGGUGCUCGUAUUAUGAGAUCUCAAUUCACCUACACUUUCCGUGUUACCCCUGGCACAAUAUUCCUCCGUCUCUAUUUCUACCCUGCCAAUUACUCCGGCUUCAACAAAGCUGAAUCUUUUUUCUCCGUCACAGCUAAUCAUUUAACCCUCUUGAGUAACUUCAGUGCUUUCCUCACAGUCUCCGCAAGUAGUCGUAAACAAAUUCAAAAAGAAUAUGUCAUCAAUGUUGAUGAAACUCAGAUACUCAAAUUAACAUUUUCUCCUUCACCAAACUCUUAUGCUUUUGUUAAUGGGAUUGAGAUACUUUCUAUGCCAACUGAUCUUUACAUCCAUGGAGACGUAAAAUUGUCUGGGAAUACUAAUCCAUAUAACAUCAAUAACAGCACUGCUCUUGAAACUUUGUACAGGCUGAACGUGGGAGGCAAUUCAGUUGCUAGCACAGAGGAUACAGGGAUGUAUCGUGUAUGGGAUUCAGAUGAUGCAUUUGUUGUUGGAUAUGGCUAUCAAACUCCUCAUUUUGAUGUCAACAUCACUUACACUUCUGAAACCCCGGCUUAUUCUGCGCCGAGGAUAGUUUACACAACCUCUAGGACUAUGGCCAAUCACAGCCAGAGCCUGGAUUGGGAAUUCCCUCUAAACUUUGGCUUCUAUUAUCUUUUCAGGCUCCAUUUUUGUGAGAUUCAGCCGGAAGUUCAAAAAAUAAACGAUAGAAGUUUUUCCAUUUCUAUCAGAAACCAAAAAGCCGAGCGAGAGGCUGAUGUAAUACAAUGGAGUGAAGGCUGGAGAAUCCCUGUGUACAAAGACUAUGUGGUUAAUGUUAGAAACCAAGAUGGUGAGCAAAACGUGACACUUGAUUUGAGGCCUAACCCAGAUUCUGCGUAUCAAAAUGCUAUCUUAAAUGGCUUAGAAAUUUUCAAGUUGAACGACUCAAAUGGAAACCUCUCCGUGCCGAAUCCUGAAUUUUUCUUUCCGAAUAAUUCACCACCAAACGACAAUAAUAAGAGAUCAUCAUCACACAUCAUUGCUGUUAUCACUGCAGUAGCUGUUAUUAGCGGAAUUGCUCUGCUUUCAAUUCUCUGUUUCUUAAUUUUCCGGCGGUGGAAAAGGGGAAAAGAACUUCAUACAAGCGUUACAAAGUCAUCAUGGAUCCCUUUGUCAAUUACAUCGAACUCAACCCAAAGAACCGGCGGCUCAGGCUCAUCAGCGCUACCAUCCGAUCUGUGCCGACACUUUUUACUAGAAGAGAUAAAAACAGCAACAUGCAAUUUUGAUGAAAAAUUUGUGAUUGGCUAUGGAGGUUUUGGUAAUGUAUACAAAGGGUACAUAGACAACGGCGCAACCAUAGUUGCAGUCAAGAGAUUGAAUCCUUCAUCAAAGCAAGGAGUCCGCGAGUUCGAAACAGAGAUUCACAUGUUGUCAAAGCUAAGGCAUGUGCAUCUGGUGUCCUUAAUUGGUUAUUGUGAUGAUAACAAUGAGAUGAUCUUGGUUUAUGAUUACAUGUCUCAUGGAACUCUUCGUGAUCACUUGUACAAAACUGAUAAUGCUCCACUUCCAUGGAAGAAACGCCUUGAGAUUUGCAUUGGCGCAGCAAAAGGAUUGCAUUAUCUCCAUACAGGUAAAAAGGAUAUCAUUAUUCAUCGAGAUGUGAAGUCAACCAACAUUUUAUUGGAUGAUAAAUGGGUUGCUAAGGUUUCAGAUUUUGGGUUAUCCAAAAUCGGUCCACUUAGUGGAUCAGGAAAAACCCAUGUUAGCACUGUUGUGAAAGGAAGCUUUGGAUAUCUGGAUCCUGAAUACUAUAAGCGACAACAAUUGACAGAAAAAUCUGAUGUGUAUUCUUUUGGGGUGGUGCUAUUCGAAGUGUUGUGCGCUAGACCAGCAUUAAUUCCUAACAUGCCGAAAGGGCAAGUGAAUUUGGCUGAUUGGGCUUGUAGGAGCUGUAAAAAAGGAAAUCUUCAACAAAUAAUUGAUCCGAAUUUGGAAGGACAAAUUGCCCCAGAGUGCUUAAACAAGUUUGCAGAAGCAGCAUAUAAUUGCUUGAAGGAUCAAGGAGUCCAAAGGCCAUCAAUGAAUGACGUUGUCUGGAAUUUGGAAUUUAUAUUAAAGCUUCAAGAUGCAGCUGAUAAUAGAGGUCACAAAAUGGAAUUGAACAGUUACCCAACUAGCCCGUCUUUCCCCUUGAUUAUGAAUGAUCAUACCAAUAUAUCUACAGACGAAGGAUUCGAGGCAUUUUCAGGUUCACAUGAAGUUGGAGGAAAAUACACAAGCAGUGCUACAUCCAUGACCAGUAAUAGUGAUGACAAAUUGAAGAGUGACACUAUUUUCUCAGAGAUUUUGAAUCCAUCGGGUCGAUGAGAUUGUUAUAACUAGUAUGAUAAAUUACAUAUUAGUUCUUCUCUGUUUUCUUUUUCCUUUGUUGAAUUUAUGUCCUUAUUAUAUAUGUAGAUGAAUUGAAGCCAUUAUUCAGAAGUAUAUAAGCUAUAAAAUAGUUUCACUAUAUUUUGUUGGGUGAA